CGAACGUCCUCAGGAUCACUCACUCACCCCUCCCCACCCCCAGCUGACACGCUUCUGCGAUCUUGGAGUUCCGAUUUUUCACGUGUGCCUGCUGAUGAACCCCCACCGCCACCUCUGCAGGUAGACCGGGUCUCAGGGUCAUCAAUUCGUGCGCCCGCCCCUCCGCCUAACUACGCCUAAACGCCGCGGUGGACUGAAGCCAUUCCCUCGGCAAACAGACACACACGUCACACGAUCAUGACCACGGAAGACAACACGGAGGCGACGUGGGGCAACUCAACAGCCCGAGCUCCCUCCCUUCCACCGUGGAGCAACCCCACCCCGCCACACCGGAACUGCCUCCUCCGCGCCCGGCGCGCCCACGCACGUCAGCGCCGGAGCUGCGGGAGCCGCCCCCCUCCGACGCAGGUGGCCCGCGCGACACGCGCAUGCUCCCUAGGUAGGGUCACGAGAGGCUCGGGGCGCAACAAUCUGUUGCGCCGCCCUCGGGGAGCCGGCAGAUCCGGGUCUCGUGGCUAAGAGUGACGUGGUCUAUCGAAUCCAAACAGAGGGGAGGAGGCCGGCGGCCAGCAGCAGCGGCAGCGACAGCGGUGUCCGGAACGCUCCCGGCCGCCACCCUCCCCGCCCGCCGCUGGUUUGGGCGGGUUUAAAUAGUUGAGUAAAAUCGAGCUGGUGACCAUGGCUGAAGGAGGAUUUGAUCCCUGUGAAUGUAUUUGCUCUCACGAACAUGCUAUGAGAAGACUCAUCAAUUUGCUCCGGCAGUCCCAGUCCUACUGCACCGACACAGAAUGCCUUCGGGAGUUGCCAGGACCCUCCAGUGACAGUGGCAUCAGCAUCACUGUGAUUCUGAUGGCCUGGAUGGUGAUCGCCGUGCUCCUCUUCCUCCUGAGGCCUCCUAACCUGAGAGGCUCCAGCCUCCCUGGAAAGCCCUCCAGUCCUCACAGUGGACAGGAUCCGCCAGCCCCUCCCGUGGACUAACGUCCUAGUGUGGGAAACAGCGAUGGUUUAACACCCUGCACGACCGAGCGACUGAAGACGACCAGGCACUAACUGUCUCCUUUUCCAUCUGCAGUUUGGAUGGUAUUGUUUUCAUGAGCUUCUAGAAAUUUCACUUGCCAACUACCUUUUGCUUCCUGUGUUGCCACAGUCCUUAUUUACAGUAUACCCGAGUAAAUGAUUCCAUUGAAAAGUUGAGGGUUUUGCUGGUUGGCCUAAGCUUAAACAUUCCACUCGUUCUCCCUGCAACCCUGACCGGAACGUCUGUGGUGGUUUCUGGCCCAACUGAAGGAAAAUUGAGAUUUCUUCAUUUAAGUGUUUUUUAAGUGGUUUUGAUAGAUUUUAAUUCUUUCCAUAAGGUAUUUAUUUGGGGUUGUCUGGUGUGAGUGACAGAGCCACGCUGUAGUUACUUUACUGGCACUUUUCUGUAGUCCUGGGGACAGUAAGCAUUUUCCUCACAACUUCCAGCUGGCUUUAUGGCUAGAAAAGGGAAAGCGAACUGGUUGUUCACUGAUUUUUUUUUUUUAAUUCCCAUUAAAAUUUUCUGAUGUUAAGAAUACUUUAAAUAAACAUGAUUGAUUAAUAUA